CACUAUUUCCGGACACCUUUUCACCAAUUUCACCCCUUUCUCUGGUUCUUCCAAAAGUUAACUUUAACUUUUUCUGACUCUGGAGGAAUGCAAGGGGAGUUGCCAGGGGACUCUACCUGCAUUAUGAGGCACUAUUUCCGGACACCUUUUCACCAAUUUCACCCCUUUCUCUGGUUCUUCCAAAAGUUAACUUUAACUUUUUCUGACUCUGGAGGAAUGCAAGGGGAGUUGCCAGGGGACUCUACCUGCAUUAUGAGGCACUAUUUCCGGACACCUUUUCACCAAUUUCACCCCUUUCUCUGGUUCUUCCAAAAGUUAACUUUAACUUUUUCUGACUCUGGAGGAAUGUAGGGUGAGUUGUCAGGGGACUCUACCCGCCUUAGGAGGCACUAUUCCCGGAUACAUUUUAUCCAUUUUAACCUCUUUCUCUGGUUCUCUGGUUGCAUCCGUCUCUGGAUCAUGGAAGAAUGCAUCCGCUGCAUGAGGACUUUGGAUCGGAUACAAUUGUUGCCUGGAUGACCCCCAAUCAUGGUUCUUACCAAACUUAACGUUUUGAACUGGUCUCCGGAAGAAAGUAAGGGGAGUUGCCAGGGGACUCGACCCGCCUUAGGAGGCACUAUUUCACCCAGUUUUGGCUCCCGCCUUGCCUGGAUGAUAGGACCGAUAGAUGACAGGGAUCUCUGCCCGCCUAACGAGUGCCUAAAUGGGACACCUUUCGCACGAUGAUGCAAAUGGGUUAUUUAUUGAAAAUAAACCGGAGAGAUUUGACAUGGGGUCUUUCUAGUUCGCUGAGUGCAACUUUCUUAUUUUCACCUAUCCUUAUUUUUCCCCCCCGGUUCUAUACAUUAUACUGGUGACACUUCCCGGUACCGAAAUGCUCAGGCAUACAAAAAUGAUGGCGAUCGGUUGUCCUAUCUGUAAUAGUCCCUACCGUGCCCUGAGCAAGCACCUGCUGAGGAACCAUAGUGUGCGUAAUUUAGUGGAAAGAAGAAUUCUGCUGUUGUUGGCGAAAGGACGGAUAAACAUUAGGCUCCAUCCCUGCAUUAUUGCAGGAUGCGAGUACAACGGGACAAGGCUGGACCGCCACUUGUACAGAAACCAUGUUGAGCUGUCCCGGCAGCAAUUACAUGUGGUUUUAACUAAACUAAAAAUGAAAGUGGCCACAAAGAAGCUUCAUGAACUCAGUUUGACAAACCCCAGAGUAGCAAUGAUUACCUCUUGGGAUGUUGACACUGUGGGUGAUGAGGUCCUGUCACAACCUCCACCCUUGUCCCCAGUGAUUAAAUGUGACAACCCGGACUGUAAGGAAUGGAGGAUGGAUGCAAACAGAAUGAAGGCUCAGAGGGACAUAUAUGCUGCUGAGGUGAAAUCCCUGCGCUGCAUGCUGCAGCAGAGGAUUCAACGUAACCAAAAGAGGAUGAACCAGAGGGCCGAGGACCAAGAGCGGGUGUUUCUAAGGAAACGAUCCCGAACAGAGUCAACACCAAAGAGGCUGUCCAAGUCCAAAGGUCCCUCCUGCAGGAAGUCCCCCAUUGCCUCUCACACACCUGUAUCCAGCUCCUCAGAACCUGCAUCCAUAGAUACCGAGGCCUCGUCAUCCUCCCCUCCCAUACAUUCCCCCUGGUUCAGCGGCAGGGGCCGGGGGAAUCGAAUGCGGGACAUUAUAUUCCCACGCAUCAUGGAGAAGUAUCUGCAAGGCUACCGGGACCAUUAUGAGGGCAUCGAUCCAACAGUGAGGCUCCAAGAAAACGCAGUCUCCAAAAUAAGCAGAGUCAAAUCAUUCCUAAGCUUCAUGGCACACGGUUUCAAUCGCCUGUCUGACUGGCUCUUUUUGAGGGAUCUGAAGAGGAUACGUGGGUGGUCCCGGAGCCUGAUAAAGUCAAGCCUACAGGUCACGACAUCUGACUUCUAUAUCAAAAAUAUAUCACACUUUCUCAAGUACAUGAAUGAAACACCAUGCAAGGGGAGCAGGCUCAACCAGAAUGACAUGAUUUUAAUCACACGGGAAGUUGCUGCCAUCCUGAAGUCCAUGAGAAAGAAGGUGUUUAUCCACCAGAUGCAGGUGAAGCGGGACAAGAUGGAAGGUCUGCCAAGCCAUAAAGACAUCAUGGCAUGUUUGACUGCGGCCAAAACUCGCAUCCCUCAGCUCCUGGACGUGAUGACCAGCAAUCCGACUCACGCAACCCGGUGCCUGCUCUAUGGGUACAUGACCCUCAAUUGGAGCUGCAUUUAUGGGCACCGUCCGGGGGUCUACUCCAACAUGACCAACACGGAUGUCCUAAAGGCGGAGAUAACUGGCACUGCCUUUGGCCACCUCAUCCACGUAAGCAACCACAAGACGGCCAACGCGUUCGGGGAAGCGCAGAUGUAUCUCACCAUAGAAGAAUUUGGAUGGAUGAAAAGGUGGCUGGAAAUCAAGGGGACGCUGACCGGUACCAACAACCGCUACUUCCUCUGCAUAGCGGGGAAGAACCCAUAGAGGAACCUUGCCACCUUCCUGAGGUUGGCAUGGGCUGAUGUUGGACUAAAAGGUCCCAUUAACUUCACCGACCUCCGCACAGUCCACGCCGAUAAUGCGAAGAGGUUUCAGGACAUAAGCAACCGCCAAAGAGUGAGUGAUUUCAUGUGUCACAACACUGCAACUGCAGACACAUUUUAUGCCAAGAAUCCUUCUUUGAAGGAGGCUGCGGACAUACGAAUGCUCUUCACAGAGUCACUGCAAGCAGCGGCCGCAGCAGCAUCAGGGGUGAGUGAAGACAAUUUGGGGGACAUUGACAUCCACAGUGACCAUGACAGCUCUGGAGAGGAGCAUAGCCCUACUCCCUACCAAGACUCCACCGAUACCGAGACGUCAGAUGAAUUAUACAAAGACUUCAACGCUUGGAGAGCGGCGAAGAGGGAACAGUCAAUGGCCGAACACAGUCCCUCAGACACGGGUGAAGAGAGGGUGCCAGCCUCUGCACCAACUUCACCCGAUACGGACAAUGUUGCCAGUGAUCAACUUGUAAAUAUGCAAUGUUUUGUUGUACUCAGUCCGCUUGUGCUGGAUGAGUGAAUAAUGUUAUAAUGUUAUAAAGUGUCAAUGUAUAUAUUUCUGUAAAUAAAGUUUGUUAAAAUUA